AUGACGGGGAGCGGAAGAGGCUGUAAGGGACUGGGCAAGGGAAUAGCCAAGCGACACAGCAAGGUUCUGCGCGACAACAUGCAAGGAAUCACAAAGCCUGCCAUCAGAAGGCUCGCCAGGAGAGGAGGCGUGAAGCGAAUCUCCAGCUUGAUCUAUCAGGAGAUUAGGACUGUGCUUAGGGAAUUCCUGGAGAUUAUGAUCCGGGAUGCGAUGAUCUACGCAAAGCAUGCAAGAAGAGAUACUGUCACAGCGAUGGACGUGGUGUACGCGUUGAAGAGGCGAGGAAGGACACUUUAUGGAUUUGGUGGGUAG